AUGUAGAGGGUACUAAAGCAACACAGCGGAUGCAAAUACAAAGUAAUGCUAGCAGAAAGGGAGACGUUCAGCACACAAGAUCAAUGCAGAGAAUGACACAGCUACACAUCAACAAUUAGAAAGUCUCUUCAGCUUUAAGUGACAGAAUGCUGAUGAACCACACAAACCAAACUGAGGAGGACCUCUUCUCCUGCUACAGUCCUUCGGUUGUGGGCUACCGCUACUUCGCUGUGCUGUGGGGAUGUGCUGUUACCAUCACUGGCACGGUGGGGAACCUGUUGACCAUUCUAGCCUUCGCCUUAGACCCACGUCUGAGGACUCGCUUCAAUGUGCUCAUCAUCAACCUGGCUGUGGCUGAUCUCCUGUACUGCACCAUACUGCAGCCCAUCUCAGUUGACUCCUAUCUACACCUCAGAUGGCGCAGUGGUCAGCUCUGGUGCAACAUCUUCGGCCUGCUCCUCUUCCUCUCCAACUCUGUUUCCAUUAUCACCCUCUGCCUGGUAGCAGUGAGCAGAUAUUUCCUGGUCGCAAAAAGAGCUGUGUUUGAACGUGUCUUCUCUGACCGUGGUCUUGUUUUACUCCUGAUCUCAGCAUGGGCACUGGGCCUGGCCAGCUUUGGCCCACUAUGGCAUGUUUAUGUGUUCGUGCCAAACGUGUGCACGUGCAGCUUCCAUCGUACCAGGGGACGUCCCUACACCACCAUCCUGCUCUUUUUCUACUUUUUUGUCGGUCUAGGGUGUGUGGGUGCUUUCUACCUCCUCAUUUACAGACGUGUCAAGAUUGCUUCACAAGCUCUUCUCCGCUACAGGUUCAGCCGCCGGUCCUCCAGAAAGAAACCAGCUUCUUCCACACAAGGGACCGAUGACAGUGGUGUGGAGAGUGGUAUGGCCAACACAUGUAGCUGUGAGAUAAGCAGCCAGGCGGAUCUAGCCCGAAAUACAGAUGAGAUCGCCUGUGAAAAGAACUCUGCCAAGGCUUCAAAUUCCUUAGCAGCCAACAAGUCUUCCCCUGAUAUCAUCCCCACAUCACCUUUAUCUACACCUGCUCCUGCCACUACAGUAUCUUCUGCCCACUCAGCAACUUCAGGAGACGACGGUGAAUUUAAGCGUGUGACACGAAUGUGCUUCACUGUUUUUCUGUGCUUUGUGUUCUGCUUUGUCCCCUUCCUGUUGCUCAACAUAGCCGACAAACAUAACCGCGCCCCGCAGGUACUGCACAUGUUCUGUGCGAACCUCACCUGGCUCAACAGCUGUAUCAACCCCAUGCUCUAUGCUGUUAUGAACCGGCAGUUUCGACAGGCCUACCAUGUGCUGCUCACCAGGGCUGCUGCACCAUUCACCUGCCUCUGGACCCGGUGCUCAACUCUGAGAUCCUGAAGCUUAAACUUGUCGGAUGUUUCUCCUGAUAUAAGCCCAGUAGGAUAUUAUCCUCAUGAAAUACAAGACAUGAAAACAGAUGGAAAAGAAGGAAAGGAGUAGCUCUCAUAAAGUGAACAAAAGCACAGGUUGAAUUUGACCAUUUCAUUCAUGUUGCAUUAACCAACAUUUCAGACUUUUCCAUUCCCAUUACAACAUCUAUGUUUCACACUGUUAUGCUCUUUCCUAUGUUUGUACAAAAUGACAUGAUGUGUUUAUGUUAUUUAUGUAAUAAAGUCUAUUUUCUAAUACAUAA